AUGGAGAAGGGCCGCUUCUCCGUGGAGUGGUUGGCGCAGAGCAGCCGCAGCGGGGGUAACAGCGCAGCGCAGGGGGAGUGCGGGGCGCGCGGCGGGACCGCUGCUGCCGGCCGUCGAGAGAACAACAGCGGCACGUGCGGCUCUACCCGCCUCGCCGCCCCUCCGAGGCCGCUCUCCCUUCCCAUAACGCACCCGGCCCCGCGGCGCUGCAGCCCCGCGCACGAGGUGGAGGCGGGAGGCGGCGCGCGGCCCCGCACCAAAUUCUCGGCGGCGCAGCUGCAGGAGCUCGAGCGGAGUUUCCGCGAGCAGCGCUACAUCGGCGCCAGCGAGAAGAGGCGGCUGGCUGCGGCUCUGGACCUUUCGCAGAGCCAGAUAAAAACCUGGUUUCAGAAUCGCCGCAUGAAAUUUAAACGCGAGACACAGGAUGCCAGGGUAGAAGCCCUUGUUUCAGGCCUGUUCCUGCCCUAUCACCAUUACCAGGAUACGGUGACACACAGCUGUCUUCAUGGGGUGGAUAUCAGUGUUUCCUCUACCCUGAGCGCUCCCCUGCACCCAGCAGGGCUUAGCCCGUCCCUGCUGGCGCCCCCUGUUCCAGCGCAGCUCUCACAGGCAGCUUUGCCAGGCACAGCUUUGCUGCUUCCCCCCGGCCCAGCACUGCCUGCAUACUCUGCUGUGAUCCCAGCUGUGACUUUAACCAACGACCACAAAGGACUGAGAUUCCAGCCCUACCUACCUUCUUGUUAACAAUGCCAAAGAUUAUCUGUAAGCUGCCAAAUAUCUAAAGAGUAAUUAUUUAUAUUAAAUAUAUGUGUGACUUAUUUUUUCAUAUUUUUUUCCCCUAAUGUUAAAAAGAAGCAACGGCCUCGAGGUAUAAUACUGAGAGUGGAAGAUCUGAAACUUGUACAGCCUUCAGUUCUUUGCACUGAAACACUUUUCCCAGAGUUUGUUCUCAGAAAACAACCUAUAAUCACAUGCGGUUCUUCACAGAGAAAAGGGAAUGUUUAUUAUAUGUAUGCAGUAGCUACAUGAUGAACUAUAUGGAGGACACAGUGAUAGCUGUUCAUGACAAGGGACUUUUAAGAAAAGGCUUGUCAAUGACAUCAAACAAAUUGAAAUAAAAGUGAUACAAUAAGUGUCAACCCUGUGGCCAAACACAAAUUGCCUCAUAUUGUAUUUCAUCUGUCUAUUUUGCACAGUCCCUAAAGUCACCUCCUCUUUACUUAGCUGCAUUUUAAAAGAGGAAGCUAGGGGAUUGUCAAUCGUAUUUUUUAUGCCAGUGCAAAAUGUGAUUGUAAUUUAAAUCUACUGUUGAAAACACUCCAGUUGUUCCUAAGUUUUGUUCUAAUGCACCA